AUGUACUGCAUCAGCACCGCCAUGGUCCAGGAGAGUUUCAGACAUCCCGAUCAUGAAUCAAUUACCGCCGUGGCGCGGUCUGCCGUCUCAAAGCCGUCGUCGGUGGUUCGCAGGAAGUUCGCGAAGCCCCCGGUUAAAGUAGCUUGUUUGGCUUGUCGUGCUUCGAGAACGCGUUGUGAUGGGCAAGAGCCAUGUGCUAAUUGCGCUGGCAGGAACCGAGAAUGUUCCUAUAUGCCCAGUAAACGCGGUGGUCCCAGGAGAAGAAAGAAGAAAUCCAUUUCCGAUGGAAACAAUGUCCAGCAUAAUGGCGCCCAGGGGACGACAAUGGUGCCUUCGCCUGACUUCCAGGAAGCGUCGUCCGAUAUGUUCGGUCAAAUCGAUGAGCUAUCUAUGCCAGGUGCAGGAUUGAGAAGUCUAGACUAUUCUUCCGAUGUACAAACUAUGUUUGCGGAUCUCUUUCUUCCAAACACCGAAGGACAUCCCGACGUGCAUAUGCAGUCAACUCCAUUAUCAUCAAGUAUACCCAUGCAGCCUCCGGUGAGGACGUAUGGCAGCGAAUACGACAUUCUAAACGCCUACUACGUUUUCAUCCAUUCCUAUUUCCCUAUCCUUCCACCUAGAGUGGCAUCUCCAUCGCCUGAUAAACCAUUGAAUUACGCUGCAUCAUGCACCAGUUCCCCUUCCGAAGACCUUGCUCUAGCUUACCGGCCUCGAUCGCCUCUCAGUCUUGCACUAUCUGCAAUCCUAUCCCUUAUACCUCACCCAGAUGACCCGGAACCGUCAUCUCCUAAUUCCGUGAUUCAGCGCAGAAACUGCGCUCAUGCAUUUGCCCAGAUGGCAGCUGACAGUGUCGAGGCUGACUGUGAGCUGAAUUCUUCGUCUACGGAUCCUUCGCAGGGGCUGUGCGGUGAGCGGCCGUCGAUCAAUCGGGAACCUUUCCAUCAUCGGACGCCAGUUGAACUCGAGAAUCUCCUCGCGUUGUUGAUAUUGUCUACGUAUGAGUAUGUACAGCGCGGGAAUUUGUUGAAGAUGAGAUACCGUGCUAGUCAGGCUUUCACGAUAGCCUUGGAUAUGUCUCUGCAUAUUUUAGGGGACGAUCAUAGUGAGUUUGCAGAGGCUAGAAGGAGAGCGUGGUGGAUGACGUAUUACUGCGUCCUUCAAGGGUCUAUUGUUAGCACAACCACCCCGUCUAUCGUGAUCCAAGAUCCUCAAUUCAUUACACCCUAUCCCCAAUUCGACUCAGACCCAGAUGGUUGGUCUGUUUUGAUACAAGCGCAACAAGUCCUGGUUUCAGCGACUCAAUUCAUCAUCGACCUAAACAAAUGUAUAAGGUCAAGGUCGAACAUAUCCUACAUCUACGAACGAAUGCAGCAGCUUGACGCCUGGGCUGCCUCCGUGCUUUCGCAGUCAACAUUGACGCCCAGUAUCUCACAACCUCACGGCCUUGACGACAGAACGGAAUUGAUGACAGCACGUAGCAUGCGCGCAAUUGCGCGGAUAAAGCUAUCGAGCGCACAGAUUAAAACACACCGUUUCCGAGCAUUCCAAGACAUUCCCAUAUUCGUCAAGAAGCACUGCGAUCUCACAGCAGCAGCAGCAAACACCAAUAACACAGCGCCUGCAACCUGCACUCCACUGAAAGGCCCUUCUCAAAUAACAAACAUCCGCUGCUCAUGCACUAGCAGCACCAUGGAACAUGUCCCCGAAUACGCAACACCCUCUACCUCAACAACCCCAGAUCUCCCGUCAACAUCAUCAUCACAACAACCCCCUAUCCCCACGGAAUUCCCCACAGAAUGUCCCUUUACUAGCCAACACUCCGCAAAAGUCUGCCUCCGCGCCGCCCUCCUAAUCUCACACAUGUUCCAGUCUCUACCCCUCCCACGCCCCUCACGACAAGACCUUCACCCGCAUGCCAGCCAGCAUCAGCAACAAUUACCGCGCACGAUGCCCUCAUUCGCCUGCUGCUUAAUGCAAGGCAGUUACGCUAUGUUAAUGAUAUUCUACAAAGCGCGCGUCGCGAGAAGAAUGUCUCCCCCUCUCCCGCUCCCAUCGCAACAGGGGACCGGGUUUGAAAACGGGCGACGCAUGUCUGGGAAUAUGAACCCGAAUUCGAAUUCGAACCAGACCCCCACUCCGACGGAUAGACUGAUUCUGGAGCUGAGGCAGGGGUUGGAGAGGAUUAUUGGUGCGGUGAGGAACUAUACCAUUGCUUUUGAGGCUUUGGUUGGAAUGAGGGGUGGGUUCCUUUUUUCUUUUCCAUAUUCAAUUGGGUUUGAUUUGGUAUAUUAA